AUGGAUAGUCGAAACUUCUCUGAAUAUCAAGCACAUGAUGAGCAAUCUAAUGAGUUGAAUAGUUCUGCUGGUGGCACAGAGGCUCAACAUAAUGAUGAUGAAUCAGGUAAUUCAGAGCCAAGAAAGGUUUGCGGGCCUAUUUUACUAAAUGAUAUUUGGAAGCUUCCUCCGGGGAAGAUAGUUGAUGUGCCGUUUAGUAAUCGUAACCAAGCUAUUGGGGAAAAAGGUCGAAAGCUUGCUAGCUUUCUAGGAAUUAUCGCGAGAACUCCAGAACUAACACCUCUACAUGCAGAUGAUUGGAGAAAUUUUGACAAGGAGGAAAAGAAGAAAUUGGUGGAUUUUGUGAGGAAGAAGUUCUCUAUCCCUAAACGGGGAGAAGCUUAUGUCUUAAAGUCACUAGGAAAGAAAUGGAAAGACUACAAGUGCGAGUUAAAAGGUGAGUACAUGCGAAAAUAUAAGACUAAAGACGCUUUGCUGAAAAAUAGACCAAGUCGUAUACCGAGGGGUCAAUGGAGUGGUCUUGUCUCUUAUUGGUUUUCGGAUAAAGCUAAGAGGUGUACCCUAGCAAAUAGAAAUAAUAGGGCCAAUCAAAAGAUGCCUCAUACAGGAGGAUCUAAAAGUAUUGCUACCUUGAUGGAUGAGCAGGAUGUAAAUGGGAUAGAGCCUACACGAGCAAAAUUUUUCAUAUUAACUCAUAAAAAACGCAAGGAUGGUAGACCAUUGGAUGAUGAUUCUGUCAAGGCAAUUGAAAUGAUAAAUGAAAGGACGAGAAAUAGCGAGAGCUCUGCUGACCAACCUCCUCGCAGCGUUGCUUGGGAAGGCGAUGUGUAUUCCCAGGUACUCGGAAAUGACAAAAGUGGGUAUAUUCGUGGCUUAGGACUUGGUCCAACUCCUUCUGUUCUAUGGGGUAGUAAAUCUUCCUUAGAAAAUAUUGUUGGGGAGGAUUCGUCUAAUGAGGCUGUACAAAGGUUAGAACAAGAGAUAACCGAGUUAAAGGAUAAACACAAUGAAGAAAUGAACCUGAUGAAACAAAAUCAAGAGAAGAUGCAAUCAGAAUUACUCGAAAUGAGACAACUCAUGCGCAAAUAUACUUCUAAUGAACCUAUGCCUCAAAAUAUCGAUGGCACCUCAAGUGAACAGGUCCCUGACGCCAACAACGGCCAUGAACGAGUACCACAAACAUCAAGGAUACACAGUGUUGCAUAA